UACCCGCCCAUCAUUUUCUCUCUCCAUAAAAAACUUCUUCAAAACUUCUCCGUACAUCUUUUCUCUUCUCUUCUCUUCUCUUCUCUUCUCUUCUUUGUGCAACAACAAUGGAGAAUUCAUCUUCAUCCCAAUCAAUGGUAGAUUUCUGGGGCGUAAUCACAGAAUCAAAACGCAUCAUCAACGCACACUCCCGCCAUUUCUUAGCUCUAUCAGUUCUCUUCCUCCUCCCUCUCUCUUUCUCUCUCUCCGUCUUCCCUACUCUCUUACACACCUUCACUUCUCCUGCAACUAAUCACAUCGUAUCUCUUCUUCGCCUCACAACCUCCCAAAACCCCCCAAUUCUUCUCCACCCUAUUCUCAAUCAACAUCACCACAAAACCCUAAUUUUCUCUCUCCUCUUCUCCUCCUUCAUCAUCUUCUUCUCUCUCCUCGCCUUCGCUUCAAUUACUUUCUCUGUCUUUCAUGGCUUCUAUGGCCGACCCGUUAAACUUGCUUCCGCUAUCUCCUCUCUUCUUCGUUCUUUUUUCCCUCUUUUGAUCACUUUUAUUGCUGCCCAGAUUGUUGUUUUUGUCAUUUUAUCUCUCUUUGGGGCUUUUGCUUAUCUUGGUAUGAAGGGAAUUGAGGGAAUUGAAGGGGGAUUCUCGUAUAAUUCUGUUUACUUUCAUGCGCUUUCUUCGAUUGGGGUUGUUUUGUUGGGGUUGGUUUUGGUUUAUGUUUGUGUCAAUUGGGUUUUGGUUGGUGUGAUUGUUGUGGUUGAAUCAAAAUGGGGGUUUGAACCUAUGGUUAGAAGUAAAGGUUUGGUGAGAGGGAUGAGAUGGGUGGCAUUGUCUUUGAUUAUGUUUUUCGGGUUUUUCGAGCUGGUGUUGUUGUGGAUUAGUGUCGUUUCGGGUAGCAAUGCGGGUGCCGAGCUUGAUGGGUGGAAUAGUUGGGCGUUUGUUGUUCAGAUUGUGGCGACCACGGCUGUUUUGACAUUGGUUUUGCUCCAUGGUAUCGCUGCCACCACGGUUUUGUAUAUGUAUUGUAAGGCUUUGCACGGGGAAUUGGCUGGGGAGAUAGCUCAUGAGUUUGCGGCCGAGUAUGUGAGUUUGCCCUUUGAUGAAAAGAAGGUCCCUCAUGUAGUUUGUUUUGUGUAUUGAGCAAGAAUCAGCCUUUCAGGAACUAGCUUGCAGCUGUCAUGGUGUAUUCUGGAUAUUUUGCUUCAGCUGCUAUUUCAGAAGUCUGACAAGUUUGCAAGGUGAUUUUGUUGCGGUCAACCAACUUCCCCUUAUAUGCAGUUUAUAUGACACUGAUACAGACUUCACUGUAUCUUCUCGAAAUUGUUCAUCAUUAAUCAUCUUGAACUACACAUGCACUAAAAUAUGGGGGUGAAAAUUAAGAGUUUUUGUAUCAACAAAACAUAAAAUCUUCUUGUAGGAUAAGCUCUAUUAAAUUACAUGCCUACUUGCGCAACUUUCGGAACUUUCGGAACUAGCAUGAGUAACGACCCAUCUAAUCCCUUGUAUCUGAAACCAAUGUAUGUGAAGACCUCCUCUUUAAAACCACUUUUUUUGGGAAAAAAGUUGCUUGCCUUUCUAUUUAAUAAAAUGUGCUUCACUGCAGAGCUUAUUGGUGAUGGUUUGCUAGUUGUAGUUUCUUUGCUAAAAUAGGUGUUUAAGAUGCUUAGCUAGGUAGCCUUGCCUAGUUAUCUAUGGCUGGAUGGUCCAGAAUUCUAUUGUUAAAUUUGUAUUCUAUUCUCUAAAUUGGAAAUUAGGAUGUCCGGAGAAAUCUCACAUUUCCUAAUACAGAAGUAAUUUGUGGUGAGUUUUUUUUGGGUACAACCCCACUUCAAUGAAGUUAUGGAGAGAGGAUGAAAAGGAGACAACUUUUAUGAAGGAUAUUUUAGUGAAGUUACGGUAAUUACUUAAUUACGAAUGAUUGGGACAAUGUGACAAUUAAUUCCAAAAGAGGGAUUAUUAUAAUUGAAUUGUACUUUAGGCUUUAGGAAACAUCAAACUUUUAAAUCCACUUGUUUUCACCCCUUAAACCAGGACCUCUUUUUCUUGUAGCAGACUUGAUUUGCUGAGAACAUGUUCCAUAUGACAACUCACAAGUUCACAUUGCGGUAUUAAUUUCAGCUUAUAGCCUUGACCCUUGUGCUAUCAUCUGACAAUUUGGGUCUCUCUCCAGGACUCAUUUUGAGAGGCGGUUUGUUUCUAAUUUGCUCAUUUUGAGAGACAGUUGAAGUCUCCUUUGAAGUAUUGCUUUACCAAAAAGAGUGAAUGUCUUCAUUGGUGUCCAUUUGUUCAUACGUGGUCUAUUUGCAAAUAGUUGAGCUUCUCGAUAGCGGUUCUUCUCCAACGUUAUCUCAUUGUAGAUUUGUAGGUCUGAUGUUAUGUCUAAAGUCGGAAAUUGAAGUGAAGAAGACUGUUUUCUUGUUUUUGUUUCUGUAAAAAAUCCGGGACUAUGUAAGUAAAUGUAUGUUAAGAUCUGAUGUUAACUCCAAAGUCGGGCUUUAUACUUAACCCUUUUGAUUAAACACUUAAAUUUGUUCCA